UAAAAGGAGAUGCCUCCGUCGGCUGGAUUCACUUCCUCUGCCGCUCCUCCUCUGGGUUUAAGGCUUUGGAGUUUGGUUCGAAAAAGAGGGGAAAAAAACAGAAGGAAAAAGUAAAAGGACGAAGCAGCAGCAGCAGGUCUUGGAAUCCCUCAGAGCGAGAUGGAAGAGGGGUCUAGCCUGGGAAGGGGAAGUGCAAAAAAGGGUGAGAAAAAUGGAUCUGAAUUGGAACCCAAGAUCGAGCCAUUCGUUUCGGAAAGAGGGCAUGACCCUAAGGAGUUAAGAUCAUGGGCUAAGAGGACAGGCUUUGUGUCAACAUUCUCAGGUGAGGCUGAGACUGGGACUGAGAGGAGGGAAUUGAGUGAGGGGAGGAGGAGGAGGAAUGGUGGGGGUGGGGUGGGUAGUAGGUUAGAUUUGGAGAAGGGUAUUGCGGAGAGGAGUGAGCCGUCGAUGAUAUCUCCCAAGAUUGAGAUUGAUCCCAUUUUGGGGAGGAGGACCACUAGGAAGCCCCCGGAGAUCCAACAGGUUGGCGCGGAUGGGGAUGGGGGUGGGGAUGGUGGCGGCUUCAGAGUUGCCAUGGAUGCUGGAGGGGGACUGUCGAAUGGGAGUGAGGCUGUUGCUGCUUCUGCGGCGGAGAAGAUUGGUGAUGGGGAGUCCCGUGGCGUCGAUGGAGGAUGGCAUCCCUCUUCCUCUCCCUCUUCCUCGCCGAGAAUGGUGUUGGGAUUGAAGGAUAAUCCCGGUUAUGUGGCUGCCAUAUUUUAUGGGCUGCAGCACUAUUUAUCCUUGGCUGGUUCUAUUAUUUUCAUUCCUCUGCUCUUUGUACCAGCAAUGGGUGGAACUGAUAAGGAUACAGCCACAGUAAUUUCCACUAUGUUGCUGCUGUCGGGCACCACAACUUUACUGCAUACACACUUUGGCACUCGGCUUCCUUUGGUUCAAGGCAGUUCGUUCGUUUAUUUGGCUCCUGCACUCAUCAUCAUGAAUUCACGAGAACUCCGGAAUCUUACCGAACAUAGAUUCAGGCAUAUUAUGAGAGAACUACAAGGUGCAAUAAUCAUUGGCUCGAUUUUCCAAUGCAUCAUGGGUUUGAGUGGCAUGAUGUCUUUAUUGUUGAGGUUCAUAAACCCGGUCGUGGUUGUGCCCACAGUGGUAGCUAUGGGGUUAGCAUUUUUUAGCUUCGGCUUCCCUCAAGCCGGUGCUUGUGUGGAAAUCAGCCUUCCCGAGAUCUUUUUGGUUCUUCUUUUUACCUUGUAUCUUAGAGGAGUAUCCAUUUUUGGCAAUAGGAUAUUUCGAAUCUAUGCGGUUCCCCUAAGUGUCCUUGUUAUAUGGGCAUACGCCUUCUUUUUAACUGCUGGCGGGGCUUAUAACUACAAAGGUUGCAGGGCAGACAUACCGAGCUCGAACAUCCUCAUUGAUGCAUGUAGGAAGCAUGCAUAUACAAUGAAGCACUGCCGGACCGAUGUUUCCAAUGCAAUGAAGAUGGCCGCGUGGGUCAGGAUUCCAUACCCCUUACAAUGGGGCGUUCCCCUCUUCCGGUUGCGAACGUCAAUCAUAAUGAUUUGUGUAUCACUUGUUGCUUCUGUCGACUCAGUCAGUGACCGACUACUUUCUCUCAGAUAUCAUCAUCAUCGCCUAUUUGUCGGGACCUAUCACAUUGUGUCCAUGAGAAUCAACUCAAAGGCUCCGACCCCUGGUGUUGUCAGCAGAGGAAUUGGGGUUGAGGGUUUUUGCAGCGUAUUGGCAGGACUUUGGGGCUCGGGUACCGGCUCAACUACCUUGAUAGAGAAUGUGCACACUAUCAAUGUAACUAAGGUUGCCAGCCGAAAAGUCAUAGAGGUCGGAGCCCUAUUUUUGAUUGUCUUCUCAUUUAUAGGUAAAGUUGGGGCUAUUCUUGCAUCCAUACCGCAAGCCUUAGCAGCAGCAGUGCUGUGCUUUAUGUGGGGGCUCAUGGUGGCGUUGGGGGUAUCGACGCUGCAAUAUAAUCAGACAGCAGCAAGCUUCAGGAACAUAAGUAUAGUAGGUGCUUCACUGUUCCUUGGAUUGUCUGUCCCUGCAUACUUUCAGCAAUAUCUGCCAGAAGUCAGUCUGAUUCUACCUGCGUAUCUGAUCCCAUAUUCAGCAGCUUCUGAUGGGCCAAUCCGAUCCGGAAGUAAUGAAGUGGACUUUGCGCUGAACGGGCUUCUUUCCCUCAACAUGGUGGUGGCAUUCCUCAUAGCGCUGCUGCUCGACAACACGGCCCCAGCCACCUCCCAAGAACGUGGCCGCUACAUAUGGUCAACUGAUCCCGAUCCCGAUCCCGACUACUACACCCUCUCCCUCUCCCUCUCGAGAAAGAUUUCUUGUUGCUUUGGUUGGGCCAAAUGUUUGGGUGUGGGAAAAAGAAACAAUGGGACUGACUUGGGAUGAGAUGAGAUGAAGAUGAAGAUGCAUUCAUUAUAUAUGUAUGCAAAUUUCAUUUACGUUUAUAAAUUGCACAGGAUCUAUCCAUCUAUUAAAAUUUUAAUGCAUCAGAUAUUUCAAUUGCAAUUUAUAAAAAACAUUAGAGCUCCUCCGUUUUCUACACUGGAGGGUUGUAAUUUUUUACUAAA